ACCCCGACUCUUUCUUGAGUUGAAAUUUCAACUGCUUCUCAUCUUCCCUUGUUCCUUUACACAAGUUCUAUUUUCCCCUCUUUUUUAUGUGUUCCUUCCUCUUCCUCUUUGUUCAAUUGUUGUCUCGUUAGAUGGGUGCUGUUGUACUUCACCCUAAAGAUUGUCUAAGAAACGAACCAUACAGCCAACCCAUAAUUUAUAUUCCCCGCAACAUGAAGUUUCCCAAUUCAUGCCCUAAAUCUCGUUCGGAACGCCACAAGCGGAGCCAUCAUCAGAAUCCCGCAUCCACGUCUGAUCCGAAACCCCAAGUCAACCAACUUGUCAUGGGACAAGUUAAAAUACUCAAACGCGGCCAACAAUUGAACGAAACGGCACCCGAUCCACAAUCGGAGACUCUGGACAACGCGAUAACACGCGAUUCACAAUUAGACACCUUGGAGAACGAGUUAGCACCCGAUUCUCAAUUGGAGACCUCAGAGAACGAGUUAACGCCCGAUUGUUCAAAAUUAGAGACCGCGGAGAACGAGUUAGCAUCCGAUUCUCAAUCGGAUAACGACUUGUCCUCAACGUUGUCUUUGCCCGGUGGAUUGUAUGCGGGACCUUCUAUGUUUGUGGUUUCGCCCCCUCCCAGUUCCGUUCCUUUGCCAGCUUUCGUCGCUAAGAAGAUUGUGGCUUCGAGUGACGCCACUAGAGACCUCCGCAAGAUGUUACACCUCGAUUUUCCCUAACCUGUUGAAGUCUAUGAAUGAACGAGAAUUUGAACAGUGGUUGUUGGUGAUUGGGGCCUUCUGUCCCUCGAUCUUCUCUUAUUUUUUUCAGCGGGAAGGUCGAGUGCAAAUCUCUGAUUGUUUAGCACUUUGUUUCAGAUGACCGUACACACAUGCUUUGUCUGGGAUUAGUUUUCUUCCUCUUAGCUAGAUCUGUUUGCUAUACUAUUUAGUUUUUCUUGACUCAAAGGAUAGGCUUCUGUAUGUCUCUGUAAUACUUUCUAAAGUAUUUAGGAUAUAGAAGUGAUUCCUUUUACCUUAGGCUCUAGAAGUAAAUUCCCUUGUCUAUUUUCUCUUGUUUUAUGAAUUCAAUUAUUUCUUAUCUUAUUAUAUACAUAGAAUGGUAGUAGCUUUGUUGAGGAAGGUUGAUCUGUUACACAUAUUGUAUUUUCAAUAAUU